AUGGCGAAAGUGCAGAACAAACAGCAAGACGUCCAGGGGAUCAAGCUCUUCGGAAAAACAAUAGCGGUGCCGGAGAAACAAGAACAAGAUGAGCAGCCAGUUCUAAAAGAACCUAAAGAAGAUGAGAAAAAUGAAGAUGAUCAAAACCUAGACAAGAAGCCCGAAAAGAUAGUCCCAUGCCCUAGAUGCAAAAGCAUGGAAACAAAGUUCUGCUACUUCAACAACUACAACGUUAAUCAACCUAGACACUUCUGCAAAGGCUGCCAGAGGUACUGGACGGCAGGUGGGGCCCUCCGGAACGUUCCCGUCGGAGCUGGCCGUCGGAAAAUGAAGCUGCCGGGCCUCGGCGGAGUUGAAGGGUUUUCCGAGAGUUGUAGCAUGUUUGAGCAUGUGGGUUCCGGGGUGCAACCGCUUGACAUGGCGGUGGAUGGUGGUUUCCGCCAUGUUUUUCCGGCGAAGAGGCGGAGGUGCUAG